CUGAGUGUUGUGACUGCUCUGUUCCUUUCUGAAUAUUUAUUCAGCAGUGCCAUAUACAUUGAAUCAAAUGUGUAUGCCCACAUUUAUGAAACUGGCUACUGCCGAUUAAGGAAGUUUUACUGAAGUUUAAGAGUACAGUGAGGGGGUUCUUAAACCAAAUAAAGUAGAUGCAGUUGUUCAGCUACAAUUUCUGUAUUUUUCAUAAAAAUAUAAAAAUUUUGGGGAAUCCUAAGUAUACUUUUGUUGCUGAACACAGAUUUAUUUAUUAGGUUGACAGUUGGUUUUCCUAAUUAGGGUUAUACUAAGCCUUUCUUUCUAGAAGAAUAAAUAAUAGUUACACUGUAUUUGUGCACAUGAGAAUUGGUGAAACAGAAAUAGGGGAGCAAUGCAAAGAUAAUUUUGCAUUGCUUCCACCUGCAAAAUUGUGGCCUUCUGAUUUCAAAGCAGCUUUUACUAUUUCUUUUCAGAAAAAGACGUGGGAUAGAUGUUUGGAUGAAGUUUGCAAGCAUGAGUGUAGUUAAGUGCUGGAAGGGGUCAGUCAGACCCUUGCCUGGAAUGCCAGUUUCACACAACCCGUUUAAUCAAAGCGGUUAAGAUCACCCACUGACAGUUCAAUGCUCAGCUCCGUCCCAGCCGUAUCGCAGCGGUUCAGCAUGACGUCCCUCCCGCAGUUUCAGCUCCCGUGCCGCUUCCAGCGCCCCGCGACAGCCGUCAGGCGUGUUUUGAGCGAGCUGCGCAGUCCGGCAGACCAGAGCUGAGAGGCCGUGUGGUGACCCUGCGUGGGGCAGGACGCAAAGAACUCGUCAGCCCUCAUGCCAGCUGCAGUGCGGACUUUCUGAGACUUCCAUUUGUUUCCCUGCUGCCAAAGAGCACCAGGGGACUGCUGAACCUCGGAGACACUGGGAUAGUCAUUCAAAGGUCUGUGAGUAGUCUCAGCAAAGCAACCACUCUGCUAAAGAAAGAGGAUGUUCCUGAUCAUAAAAGCAGUGAAGAGGAAGAAAGGCAGCCAAAGACUGGUCCUUUCCUUCACAUUUGUUGCUCUCGUUCCAGCAACUCCGUGGCUGCUCACAAGCGUCACACGUUCCCGCUGUUAUAGGAAGCUAUUUAGGAUGCACCCUACCGUCACCCUGGAGGCCCAGCUGAGCGAUCGCUCCUUCCUCUUUGCGGUAGCCUCAAAACUGGUAUGCUUACCCCUUGCUAUCCCUCUGCACCCUGUCUCCUUCUCGUGGAAGCUUUUCUGACCUGGUGCUGGGGGUGGCGGGGAAGGGCCUGGCGUGGGGAGGACGUCCCGGUACCUGGAACAGUUGGUGAGCGAUACGGAUAGCCUCCAUUGCAAACAUCAUUUGAGUAGGUAUGGAGUGGCUAGGAUGGAGUCAAUGACGCCGGUAUUCUCAGUUUCUUCCCACUCCCAUUGGUCACUUCAGUACACUUUCACCUGAAUUUGAACUGCAAGGAAAAUACUACUGUGCAGCACAUAAAGUGCAUUCAGAGCCCUUCUGCAGGUACAAGGUAGAGAACAGCUCUGCUUGCAGCAGAAGUGCGUGAGAAAGUAGAAAAGUAUUUGUGCAAAUACCUUUCAUAUAUGUAGCCCAGAGAAUGUAACUGAAAAAAAUACAAUAAGAAGGAUCUAGAUCACCUAAAAGAACAGAUUAUUCACUGUGUUAAAAGAAGAGAAUGAUUCUUAGAGAAGACGGGGCUGUUAUUAGAAAAAGUCUGUAGGAAGAAAGAGGAAGACCUGAGAAUGGAAGUUCAAAUGUUCUCACCUGAGGUGUGAAGAAGCGGAGGACCAGCAACAUGCCAGAGAAGAGAUGUGGACUAUGACAAAAUAAAAUAUUUACUUAAAAUAAAAAGGAACACAAAUGCUGUCAGAGGUCAUGAGAUAUUUCACUUUGUUCCUGUUCUGCAUACCCGAAGAUAAAUGUCCAUGUUCUUGUAGCCUAUCUGGGCAUUUUUUGAUUAUCACCGAUUCUUAUUCAGCUUUCAGCAGUAACCAAUGAGUUUGAGCAACCAAACUGGCUACAGAGUCCAUAAAUCUGUGUGUAAUCUCAGAAUAACUGCUGAAAAAGGAUUCUGUCAAGAGUCAGUGAGUAACUGUAGAUAGGAAGAAGCAAAGAAUUUGCUGAUCUAUUUCUUCCUCCUGACAUGCAAAUUUGCUUUUUAAGCAGGGCCCAAUAUUUUCAUAAGACUUUGGUCUUCAGCUGCUUUCCCUUACCCUCAUGUCAAACAACUUUCUGUAGUAUUAACAUAUAUAAAUAAAAAGAUACCUGCAUUUCAUUGUCACCCUUCUGCCAAAAGAUAGUAGUGAAGAACACGGCUGAGAUACAAAGCAGUGCCUCUGGACAAAUAACUCAGUUGGCCCAGAUCCCAUCUAAAACUUUAGGGAAGCUGGGGUAGGUUCAGUAAUCUGGUGAGCUGAGUAUCAAGCUUUGCCACUGCCUAAAAGGUCCCGUUCCCUUGCUCUGUUUACAUCUCGUCCACUCGUGUUCUCCCGCUGUUUAACUUGUACCAGCACUAAGGCCCAUUGGAUCUCUCCAAGAGUUGAUUCAACUGACUCACUUGGCAGAAAACCAACCCAGCUGCGCAGUUUUUUCACAUAAAAAGAUCUAAUGAGCACCACCACAAGGUAGGAAGAGAAGAAGGGAAAGAGCAGGAGCAGAGGUAAGGAGGAGACGCUACAGGCAGGGGAGAGGGGAGCAAGCAAGAUCUUCCCCUUUCCAUUACUGGAAAUGGGAAUUACUAGACUGGCCAAUCUGCCCACAGAACUGCAGGCCUAACAGCAUCUUUCUUCAGGCAAAACAUCCAGCAAUCACAGCUCUUAACACACGGGUGGAAUUUACAGAUUAAGGAUCUAAAAUGGACUAUAUAUCGACUAAACAUAUAUAUGGACUGUAAAUCCUAUGAUAAGAGAAGUAAACACACUGCUUGUAUAGUCCAGAUCAUUUAUUGCCUCUUACAUGAAGACAAAAUAUUAAAUAAAUCGAACAAUAAUGAGAAGCAAAACUAAAAGGGGAGUCUCCCCUAAAACUCUUCUCCUGUUAACAUCAACUGUUUUGCUUUCCAAGGAUAUGCAGAAUCUUUUCUGCUAGCCUGCCUUCACUGAGAGCCAAGAUCAGAGAGCUGAGCCAAAGCGGGAUUAAGACGUGAAUCUUUGUUCUCUGGAGUGCUCUGUGGAAUAAAAUCACAAUAUCAUUAAGGCUUACAGUGUUCUAUGAAUGGAAAAGGGGAGAGAGUCUGGGUUUUUACUAUGCUGGGAUUAAUUUAAACUUCAGUAGUACCAAAUCUCCCAAUGUGCAGAGCAGUAAUGAAAUGUAUUUCUCCUAUUUUCUUCACUGUGUGCCAGUCUUCACCAUUCACUACUUAUAAUGGGACCACACACGGGACUGAAGACACUGCAAAUCUAACUGCAAUCUGGAUUGAAUUCAGGGUGAAGUAAAAAAUCGUGGAGGGUGCGGCUGAGCAGGCUUUCUCCAGCACAGUUUAGCUAGAUGUUUUGCUUGAAUAUUUACAGUGCUAUUAAUGCCUAUUGUUCAUAAAGCUUUUAUCCAGUAUUGAAGUUAGUGAGAAUUUAUGGCCCUUGGCAUAGUUUUUAGUGUGCUACAAAAUAAAAAAGAAAUUAAGGAGUUGGCUAUAAACAAUGAAAAUUGCAUAUAGGUUUGUACUGUGAAGAUGACAGACAUAAUUACAAGGACUUGACUAUCAGUUCAUUUAGAAAUGAUCUGUUUGGGCUUAUUUUUCAUGUAAGCUCAUUUAUCACUGAAAUGGUUGCUAGGACGCUAUACUUUGUAAUUUGAAACUUGCUGUAGAAAAGAGCAAUUGUGAAUAGGUUUUUAAACAUAUUUUCUUCUUGGCGGCCUUGAUAUAGUAAAAUUAUUGAUGCAAAAUGGUUUUUAUUAUAUCAAGUCCUGAUCUUACAAGCACUUGUAUCUGGACUUAACUGUAUUCAGAGUUGCAGAAUGAUUCAUGUUAGAUCUCCGAGUGAAGUUAAGCAUGCAUAAAAUGGAUCUAUUCAGCUAGCCUUAAAUUCCUGCUAGCUUUCCGUGUCUGAUAUUUUCUUCUUGGUUGGCUCCUGGCAAAUAUCUGUCCAGGUUACUACUUAGACCAUGGAAAUCAUUCUUCAGUGGUCACUAGCUUUCACCACUGAACAAACACAGAGACUUGUGUAAAAUGGAAGCUGUGUGAAUAUGAGCUGGAUUGCUUAAUACCCCAGUGAGAUGAUUCAUGGUGCACGUUACAUGCCUGCAUGGCAUAUUGGCUAAGUCCUUUCAAAUCCUAGUCCCUGGCAAUUAUUAGCAAGUCUUCUGACUUUCCUCUCACCUUUUGUGCGUCAGGGUAUCUUUAAACACUUGCAGUCUAUUCCAGAUGAUGCAGAUGGAACUGGGAUUCUGGCUGCAAGCACUGGAGAUCACGCUUGAUGCACAUGGCUAGUUGGUUUUGGCAGAAGCGGUCCCUGCAGCACCUUGCCUCACGCAGACCAGGGCAGCAGCUGGCUGCUGUAGGGAGCAUCCACGCAAGCAGUCCUGAGUGAGUGGGAGGAGUAGGGAGAGGUAAACAGGCUAGAGAGCCCUUAAUCCAUGCAGUGGGAGCAGCCACUGGAAGGAACAGAUAAUUGUGUUCUGCAGUUAUUUGAAUAUUAUGCACUGAAGAAUCUUUCUUGUGAGUUUGGAACCCAGGAGUCCUGACUCUUUUUCCGCUUAUAUCCUUUUCCUAAGUGGCUAGUUAAUGCAAGGGGAAUUAGUCCCAAUUUGGAAUAGUCCUGGCUUAUUUUCUGAAGUGUCGGAAUGCGACCAGAUAAGUCAGUAGGCAUGUAAGCCCAGAGAUGUGGUGGAAUCCUGAUUCAAAAGAUGACAGGAAUCAUGUUCAUUGCACUCUAACUGUGAUUGAGAAAAGUAUUUACAGCUUAAGAAAUGUGCAUUACAUGCUAUUGUCAUGAAAAGAAACCACAAAACAUAGGGGAAAAGCCAGCUCACUCCUUGGAACAUCUGGGAAAAGCAGAUGAACAGAAGGCUGAUCCCAAGGAGCGUACAGGAGGCAGUGAUUUGCCCGCCCUCUGUUGAUACCCUUCAUCUCUGGUUUUGCCGUUAUCAGUCUUGGUACAGUAAAUAAGUAAAUGUUGUCAGCUUGUCCUGAAGGCGUGAGGCCCAUGAGAGAUCUUGGGGCUGCGGGAAGGAGGAAUUGGCUCUGAGACAUUGGGGAAAAUGUAAGGACAAAGACCCCACUUCUGAGCUGGAAAGGGGAAAAUGAUGUCGGGCUGGAGGGAGAGCAUGGUUACUUGCUGUGCUGAAGCUGUGGACAGGACGUGUUAAGCUUUAACCUCUUGCUUUCUUGGAUACUAUUGUCUGGCUGAGGAGUUCCUUCUGCAAAGAGGGUGAGGACUUCUGCUCCUCACCUGCCUGCUGGCAGGUUGUUCCCGUACCCCCAUGGGAGGGUGCUUCCCAAGCCUCCGCUCCUCUGGAACCCGUGACUUCUUGCCAGGCACCAGGAAAGCGCUCAGCAGCAGAAAUGGUGAAAACUCUUGCUAGUAUUGGGUAAAGCGUGCCUUUGACUUUUUUUACCCUGGCAAGACGUGGCUACUUGGACUGCAUCUGCAAUGUGGCAAAGGGCGAAGUGAGGACGGCAAAGAGGCCAUGGUUUGUGGGCAAGCCCCCAGGUGCCGCAGGCUUUGUCGCCCUCGUCCCUUCCUCCUGGCCUUAGUGGUGGCCGUCUGUCUGUUCUGCCAGACCCUGACUCCUCUCAUGAGCAGCGGCAUCCUUUCAGCAGUCGUCAAUGGGAUUGCACCCAGCAAACUGGCUAAAACACAGCAAGGACGAUACAAGGAGGUCUCCCCAAGCGACACUCACUGCUUCCUCCCUGCCCAUAAUUCACAGAUGGUGAAAAAGAUCAAUGACUCCAUUCUCCAGUACUUUGGAAGCCGUACGAGAAGAGCAGUUCUGUACGCACCUCCUGCCCACCGUGAAACCGACCGUCAACUCUGUCAGCGCAUCCUGGCAAAACAUGGAUAUGCAGUCACAGUCCUUGAAAACAGGAGGCUGAUGGAAGAUCCCAGGCUUGAGGGCCCUUAUCACAGUGGUAUAAGCCCUUGGGAUCUUCUGAUCUGCUUAUCUUCCAGAAAAAAUGAUGGUACUGGCUGCAUUCAAAUAGAAGACUUGCAUCAUCUAGAGUUAUUCCAGAAGGUAAACCUACUUCCAGAAAUCCAGCAUUUCCUUUGCAGAAAAGAGGGAUUAUGCCAGAUAAAAAAAGCCUUUUCAGACCUGCAGCUCCCAGUUGUCACCCCAGAGUGCUCCGGCCAGCCUGGGCUGUCAAGGGCCAGCACCUCAAGCAAUGUGUCGCAGGGCAGCGAAAGCACUGACAAGACGCAUACUGCCCAUCUGCAGUACUGGUGGAAGCAGAGCACGAGCGCACAGCUGAAUCAAGCAUCAGCUUCACCAGACCACAAGGACAUCCUUAAAGCUCAAGACCUUUCUGUCAUCAUCAAAGCAUAUGUGCUUGUGACAUCCUUAACACCUCUGCGGGCAUUCAUUCAUUCAACUGCCACUGUCUGGCAUCCACCCAAGAAGAAGCACUUUUCCGUAAAGCUGCAAAGGUUUUUUGAGAUAUUCUUUAAAAGCAGUUCUCCCCAGCAAGCCUUCAACAACAUGAAGGAAGCUAUAAGCAAACUUCUGCUUAUAACUGAGGUCUUCAGUGAAUCAUCUGCCUCAGGACCAAAUUCUUUCAAUCAAUGCAGCCAAUGUUUUCAAAUGCUAACCUUUGACAUUGGAUUCGGCACCUCCAUAUACCCAGUAGUUCUUGAGGUGCAUGAAAACUUUGAUUUUCAAGAUGAGGAUGAAGCAAACAUUCAGGACCAAACUUUCAAAGAAUUUCUUCUUGAAGAUACUUUUAAAUUUCUCUUAUCUAAUGUGUCCUCAACAUCCAGUUUCAUAGAAGCUUUACAAAAAAUAUAUGGAUCAGCUGUGAGCAAGGAUGGAACUUACCACAGAGAAGAUGAGCAAUGUUUGUCUUUAGAAGAGAUAAAUUCAGUGAUUACUUUCAUAAAGGAGCUGAAGAGUCUUGGACAAUUUGAGCUGCUUUUCCCUUCUGCUGCACCCAAGAUUCAAACUUUACUGCGUGACCUUUAUCACAUGGUAGACCCAAUGAGGCGGCUUGGUUCAGUCCUGACUGUGCAUUUGUUGCUUUCCAGUUUACUUGAACAAUUCCAGUUCGUGACUGAAGAGGCACAUACAAAUCUUUCAGAAUGGAGAAGCAAGAAGAACUCUAGAAACUCAUCUCAAACUAUAAUGAAAUCGUUACAGCCUAGGAAUUCUCAAGAAAAUGCAAGUCCUAAGCAGAAUGUUCCUUCUGGCUUCAGGAAGAAUCAUGAAGCAUUGCAUUAUUCCAGUAAGACUAAAGAAAGACAAUGCAAUUAUGAUAAAGAUACCCUAUCUCAUAUCAGGCAGAUCUUCACCAGUCCACAGCUGGACUUGAAUCCUCAGUUUAACCCAAAGAUCAAAGAAUACUACGCAGAAGUCCCAUUCGACAUGGUGACAGUGAAGAUAGGAGCAGAACCAUCUAACUGUCAAUGCCAAGUACACCUUGAUGAGAAGAAAGGGCCAAGCAUUGCUAACUACCCCCUUGGCCUUGGAUUGAACAAAGUAAUCAUUCUCGUAACAGAUGAUUCGCAGCCCAGCCCUCAGCUUGUGAGCAGCUACAAAAUCACAAUUUAUCGAGAGGACCGCCCUAGUCUGCCUUUGUUUGAUGACUAUAUGAUAUGUGGGUUUGUGCAGGACUGUGGUUCUCGAAUUCGUCCAGAGGAGUCCUGUGGCUUGCAGCCUCUGUCUCCUGAAUACCUCUCAGCAAUUUCACAGACGGUGUUUAAAACCUGUGAAGCUGGAGACACAAAAGGGCAGUGGAUUGUCCCUUGCCUCAGCUGCUCUGACAACAGGACCUGCGACUGGAGAGAAAUAACGUGGCAGCCCCACGGCUGCCGAUACUCGGUGCUAGCCAAGCCCGAGCUCCAGCGCUGUGUGGAAGGCAGAAGGAUUCUUUUUAUAGGUGACUCAACUAACAGAGGGAUGAUGUACUAUCUAAUAGAAAGGGUGAAUAAGACUCUUCAGGAAUGGCAAAAGACUCAUGAUGUUAAAUGUUAUCAUAAUAUCAAUGAGGGGAAAACAUUUAUCAGUUACUCCUACUACCCCCAGUUUUGGAUGAACGCAAACCAGAGACCGACUUUUGAAAAAGCACUAGAACAACUGCUGCAGAGAUCACGUCCCCUGGAGAACACAGACCAGACCGUAUUAAUUGUAGGUGGCGUUCAGUGGCUUAAUUCCAAUCACCUGCAAAUUAUCCAAAAGGUGUUGAACAGGGAAAAUCUAUCAAAUAUCCUGGUAAUUAUCAAAUCCAUAGGGAUGGGCUUUCACCUCCCAGUGGACGGAAUACAUUCUCUGUCACAGGCAGAAGUGCAAAACUUAUGGAAUGAAAACUUGAUUAUUCUGGACACAGCAAAAAAUUUCGGCUAUGAAGUUGUUGACACCUUUGUCAUCACCAUGGGACGUUACAAAGAAUUCCUGCAAGGGAAGUGUGGCUGCCAUUUCCAUGAGGUGGUGAAAUCCAAUCCCUCUGAAGAAAGUCCGCACAUAACAAUGACGUUAUCAAGGCACUAUACACUGGGGAAAUAUCUUGGCAGUCAAAGCAAGCCAUCACAACUGCAGGACUAUGCAACAAAUUCUCAGUCCCCAUAUCAUGUCCGAGGCCCAAUAAAUCAAGUUUAUUCUGAAAUCCUUCUCAGCAGGCUCUGUGCAAGUAAGAGGGAACUUGUCAGCACAUAGCCUCUCUUGGAUAUAAUGCUGGGCCUAGAGAUGUGCCACUAGCUGAGUGACAAUUGAAGGACCAUGGUGAAUUUAUGACAUGCUUCCUUGAUUGGCUGCACACACCCCAACAGAGUCUGGGACAUGUGGCAUUUUUCCUAAAACUUUAUGAAAUCAAGAUAUGCCCUGGCAACUCUGUGGUGUCAAAAUGGAAGAUGUAGGGUUGCAAAGGAGAGAAGAGGGGAAGUUACUUGAACUGUUGCCAAAGGCUAGAACAGCUGUAGCUCAAGCAACUGUGUAUUAAUGAUAGUAAAGAGAGAGAAAUAUAUACACUUGAAUGAUUUGGAAAGGACUGCUUUAGCUCUUCAGCACUAUCUAGUUUUCUAUUUAUAGAGACACUGUAAUAUUUGAAUGUAUUUAGAAACUGGCUACAUUCCAUUUUAAAGAGUUUUAUUUUAUGUGGAUGGGUUCCCCUUCAAUAUCAAACCUUUUCUAUUUAGACACUUGGUUUAUACAACUUGAAAAUGUCUAUUACCAUUUUACUGAUGGUGUCAAGUUUUGAACUCUAGUGUUUUUAGUGAAAACACACCCCUUCUUUGUAUCUUAGAUGGAACAGAUGUCUACUCUAUUUUUUGCAUGUUCUAAAGCAGAUAUAGGGAUAGAUUACUUAGACUUGAGACUGAUUAUAACUGUCUUGAUGGAACAUGUAAAUAUAGUGAAUAUGUUAACAUAACCUUAUUUAUGGUCCCAGUUUAGGAGACUGGCCAUAUGCAGGAAGACUGCUUAGAUAUGUACUUCAGUGUCUACCUUGACCUGUAAGCCAAACAAGUAUUCUCCCUGCAUGGAAGUGCCAUUUCUUUUAUGAUUUUUUGUAAAAUACUUGCCAAUGUGUGAAGCCAGUACCACAAACAGAAGAAAAAUCCCCUUUGCAACCACACAUAAGAACUUUGGGAUCUGGUUUUUAAUUUCUCAUGAGGAGCGUGUGAUGUGAUGGGAGCAGGAUAUACUGCCUGCAUCUCGAGCUUGGCAGAGACAAGACCUUCUCUGAGUGCCAGUGUCAUGCUGUAGCCCAGCUACAUCACCGAUGUUUGCAGACCCACUCUGGGUGGAACCCCAGGGAGAGACCCCACAGUCUGCUGAUCCCCUGCCACAGCGUUGGCAGCACGCUCGUUCACAGUUGCGGUGGCCUGAUGGGAAACCGAGCACGAUCCAGGCUUAGCAGCUGGAUGACGGGUUAAUGGCACCCCAUAAGACUGUUCUCCCUACAAGUUAUCCAGAUAUGGAUUUUUACGAAUCCAGUCAUGGAGCAGGCAAGCAAAGCACCACUCUCUCCCACCACGCACUAGAGAAGGGAGUCAGAACCAGGUAAGUACGAGCCUAACGAAGGAUCCGCCGAGCUCUGUGGCAUGCUUCCCCCUUCACAAUUUUACAUAUAAUCCUCCACUAGCUUCUACUGCCUUUGGGAAAGGAAGAUGCAAGCAAUGUCAGGAAAUAAAUUAAUUAUAGCACAGAACUAAUCACUAUUUUACUGGCCUUAGUAGCACACAGAGGGGCUGCCCUAUAUAGAAGUAGGGCUAGAAAUUCAUGGCACCACAUUUAGGAUUUGCCAAAGAUCCUUAAACUCAACACACUCUGUAUCCCCAGCUAAAGUUUUGUGAAUUCUUGCUCCUUCAGAUAAGAUAUGUAGAGGUAUGAUGGGAAAUUGUCACUCAGUAUGGAGUUUGGCUUCCGUAGAUGAUAAGAGGAUCCUCAAAAAGAAGAUCUGGCAUAUCUAAUUUAGGAGACUUUUCAGUAUAUUGACAAAGCUCCUAAUUUAGAUGAUGACAUUACAUUUAGUGAGACAGUGUGAUUAUCUGUUUCUGUAUAAUAUGCUGCUGCUGUACUUACAGUCAAUGUCCCUGAAUUUCUAUGUAAGGUUUUUCCUGGCAUGGAGCUUUACAUGAAAGACGGGUCAGGAGCUGUACAUAAAUACUGAAAAUGUCAGCAUUUGGUUUUGAGUGAAAUGAUUAUCUAAGGAAUAUAAUUGUAUGUAAAUGAUAUAAUAUAUAAUCUUGGGUCUGGAAUUCCAGGGCUGCACAACCUUAAAGCUGAAGGAUUUAAAAUCACAUCAUUAAUAUUAGUAGAUGCAAAAUGCAGCCAGAUGUCUUUGGUAUUAAGAUGAUCAAUGAUCGGUGUAUUACAACUCUGCUUCUGUUAAGAUUUUUUUUUUUUGUAGCUCAUUUAAAUCCACAUGCUGUUACUGUUAUUGUUCUGUACACAAAUGUUUUUAAGGCAUGAACUGGGUUUUUAUGUUUGGGGUUUUUUUUAAUCAAAGCCUAUUACUGAAGCAUCAGCUAUAUUGAUGAAAAGGAAAGAGCUGACUUUGUUAUACUGUACUGAUACCAGCAAAUGUGCAAUUCAUCACUUCUGGUUUCACCACAAAAUGGUUUACAUGUGCUGUACACCCAGAUGUCUUAACGUUUUCCAAAUCUUAAUAUUUUUCAAAUGUAUCGAGUAGAAAUUUUCUUGUGUGUUUUCUAUUUUUUACAUGUCCAUGUACACACAUAUGUCUGUACAAAGUCAUUGGUACAAUUUGCAAAUUGAUCUUUAUUUAAAUGAGUUCUUUGAAUAAGUUUUUUCUAACACCAUAUACAAUCCAUGUAAUCUUGGGAAAAAACAAGGGGAAUGCAGACUAAAACAGGUACCAAGGUACAUUUUUCAUUAUUUAAGAUAUAUCUAGCAUCUCUAGGUAUGUGAAAGAAGAGAGUUGAGAUUGACAUGGAAGCAUCGCUUGCUUAUACACAUUAACAUUUACAGAUUAUGACAAUAAAAGAAUUACCGUGUUUGAA